AUGUUGAACGCUGAUCGUGACGAAGUAUUUAUAAGUGAACUUGCGAUGAAAGUACCAGAAAACAUAAUGGCCACCAGACUUUUCGAUACAACUCAGUUGAAAGUUGAUUACGAUAAACUCAGUCCAGUGGCGCAAACACUAGUCGCACCACCGUUCUUAAUGGGUACACUAACAGAAGAUAAAGAUCAGCAAGCUGAAGUUCUGGUGAUUGGUCUCGGUGGAUCUCAAAUCAACAAUUUCAUUCAUCAUAAAUACCCAAAAGUUCAUUUUUUGAACCUGAACAUGACCGUUAUCGAACUUGAGCAAUCAAUGGUUGAUAUAGCCAAGGAAUAUUUUGGAUUAAAAGUGGAUGACACUCAGCAUGUCUUCGUUAUGGAUGGCAUCAAGUACUUGGAAGAUGCAGCUAAACAAGGGCGUAAAUUUGAUGCAAUCUAUAUCGAUGUUUGCCCAACACGGUUUCCAGAAGGAAUCAUGAUUAUGUGCCCCAUCCCUCCUCUUCUCGAAGACGAAGUGAUCCGACAUAUACGUCAGUGCCUCAAGGACACAGGUAUCAUUCUCAACUAUCUAAACAUCUUACCAUCUUUCCUGUGA